AAUCCAUAAAAUGAAACCUAAUUCUCUCUUUGAGUAUCUCAUUCCCAAGACCCAUUCCCGCCUGCCUCUUCUCUUGUCGUUCGCUCCAUCAACGGUGGCCACAUUUGUGCUACUGUUUAUCUAAUGCCGCCAUCAUGCCGCCAUCGCUAGAGUUCGACUUUUGUUGGUCGCCACCCUCCAAUCGAUCAGUUUCCAGUAGGCCUUUUCCUUUUAACUUUCUCCUUUUCAUUUUCUCUACCUAUACUUUCUCUCUCUAACCCACGCACCGAAGGUUUGUCGUCGAGAACAGGAUUUUAAUCGAGCACUUAGUGAUUGUUACCUCAAAUUUUUGCCUCCCCAUAUGGUGAAGCCUAAUAAAACCGCUCUCCUAACCUUUGCAGAGAGGUGCAAGAAUAUUCUUGCUUCCAAUUGGAUUGCCACUCUCAAUACGAUCAAAGCCGAUGCUAAUGGAAGCAAAGAGAAUAUUCACACUUCAAAAGUUAAGUACAUGAUCAGGAAAGGAAGGCCAUAUAUUUGGGUUCCUGAGAAAGAUUUUCACAACGUGAACACAAUAAUUGAUGAGCGUAGCUCACUUGCUGUGGCCAGUCCUUUCCCAGGUCCUCUAGCUUCCUUGUUCAAAUCUCUGGAAAAGUUACCACCAAGGGUUGCUCUUGUCGGGGACAUGACACGUCUUAAGAGUGAAAAGGCUCAGGAUGCUGUUGAAAGGCUUAAAGCAGCCAUACUGUUUGAACAAAAAGCCAUUGAAGACUUUGGUAGCUUAGUCUCCAAUAUCUUGAAAUCCUCCAAGCUUAAAUGUACAUCACGCAGCCAACACCUCAAGGAAAUCUUAAAUGGGAAUGAAGAACAUGUGUUGUAUAAGUUUGAUGUGAGAUCAAGUAUGUACAUCGAUAGUAAAGGUGGAAUGUACGAGGUCGAAGCAGAGCACUUCACCACAUCAAAAGCAGAUUCAUUGACACCUUUCUCGGCAGUGCUUAUUGAUGGAAUAAACCAAAACGCCACAAGACGUAGAGCUCUGAUGUUAUUCUGCCUUGUUUACUUCAAUGCAAAUGCAAAGGAUGCAUAUAUAGUAUCAGUGGAUCGCAAGGGGUUUGAGUUGCUGGGGAAAGUUCCAAUCUUGGGUUUGAAUGUUGAGUUUGGUCAGUAUGAGUGGAAAGAUUUCAGAUUUACAUUGAAGAAUGAAGCAAAAGAUAUUGGGGACUUUUGCCAACAAUUACUGGAAAUGGAAGAGGAAGUUGUGAAGAGAAUUACUAGUUAUAGUGGUCUUGGGUGAUCCCAGCAGAUUAAGAAUUGUAUUUUGCUUACAACACUAAGAACCUUUUUUGUUUUUUACAUCCAUGAUAUGAAUCGAGAAUACUUAUUUAAAAAAAGUGAAAAAAAAUUGCUCGGUAGUAAUGUAGUCAUAAAUUUUGUUAGCAAAAAAGAAAAAGGAAAAUGUUACUUUUAGACCUUCAA